ACUCGAUGAUCUACAAUGAUAAGACAAAGAAACAAAAUGACGGUCAUCACGGCAAGCAAGCCCAUCCUUCACUACUUCAAUUCACGGGGCCGAAUGGAGUCUGUGCGCUGGCUCUUGGCUGCAGCUGGAGUGGAGUUUGAAGAAAAAUACAUUAAAACACAAAAAGACUUGAAAAGGUUAAAAAAUGAUGGGAGUUUGAUGUUCCGGCAAGUGCCCAUGGUGGAGAUUGACGGAAUGAAGCUGGUGCAGACCAGGGCCAUUCUCAACUACAUCGCCUCCAAAUACAACCUCUAUGGGAAGGACAUGAAGGAGAGAGCCCUGAUUGACAUGUAUACAGAAGGCACGAUCGAUUUGAAUGAAAUGAUUAUUCGCUAUCCAUUCCUUCCACCUGGGGAGAAAGAUGCAAGCCUUGCCCAGAUCAUACGGAAAGCAAGGAAGUGUCACCUUCCCGCCUUUGAAGAGGUGUUGAAGGGCCAUGGGCAAGACUACCUUGUUGGGAACCGGCUGAGCAGGGCUGACAUUCAUGUGGUCGAACUUCUCUACCACGUGGAGGAGCUGAAUGACAGCAUUGUGGCCAGCUUCCCCCUGCUUCAGGCCCUGAGAACCAGAGUCAGCAACCUCCCCACAGUGAAGAAGUUUCUCCAACCCGGCAGCCAGAGGAAGCCUUUUGAGGACGAGAAAUUUGUAGAAGAGCUUAAGAAGACCUUCUUUUAAAGGAGACUGGGCAGGAUAGUGCACAGGUUCCCUGUCUUCCAAGUUUUCCAACACUGAGGUGCCCAGGGCUGGUCCUAAUUCUCAUGGAGCCAACGAAGGUUUCCAACCAUUAUGUGCUGAUCUUGUUAGACAUAAAAUGUGAAUAUAGUUGUAGUAUCAUCUGUUGGGUUUUGAACAAAUUUGAAAUCAUGAUCACCUCCUAAGAUGUCCCUUUGAAUUUAAACAAUCAGAGGAAGAUGUUUAAACUCAGAUCUAUUAAAAAACAACUUUGUCAUUUAUUUAAAAUUUAAACAUUUUAAUAAUUAAGCAGAAUUUUUUUAUCUGGUGCUUUGGCUUAUGCAAAAAUAAUCUUUUCUGAUGUGUUUUGAUAACUUCCUGAAUAACACAUUUUUUUUUAAAGAAUUCUGUUCCUUCAAAUAAUAUUUUUCUCAUUCACUCAUUCAUUUGCACACUUAUAUCCAGUCUUGAGCAUCUGUUGCUCCUGGAGCUGGGUAAAUGAUGAAUGAGUCAGAAAUAGUGUCAGCUUUGUGAAGAUUGCUGAGAAAUGACAAAACAAGAUGAUUCUAAUUCAACUAGGUUUUCUCCAAGAAUCAUAUUCUAAGGCUGCUCUGACAAUAUGGCACAGACUUUGCACCUUAAGAUAAUAAAAACUUACUCUCUCAGCGUUCCGAA